AAGAAAAGUCUUUAAAGCGAAAACGGAAGUCCACAGACGGGAACCCUCUUGCUCUUGCUUAGCUAACUUUUUAGCUAGCUUUUUUAUCAUAUGAGUCGUAUUUAAGAUUGCCCAGAUGUCUGACAAAACCAUGAAACUCCCAGGAGUUGGGGUCGGGGUUCUGGUAACAGACUCAGCCCACCCCGGCUGUGUUCUCCUGGGAAAACGGAGAAGUGCAAUUGGCAAAGGGAAGUACCAGCUCCCCGGCGGCCACUUGGAGUUUGGAGAGACCUGGGAGGAGUGUGCUCACAGAGAGGUGUUGGAGGAAGCAGGGGUGUGUUUGGUGAACGUCUGCUAUGCCUCUGUGGUGAACUCCAUCAAACUGGAGGAGCAGUACCACUACGUCACCAUCAUCAUGCAAGGACAACUGGACAGGAAGCAGUCAGGAGAGCCAGAGAACCUGGAGCCAGAUAAAAAUGAGGGUUGGACCUGGACUCCAUGGGACCAGUUUCCUCCAGAGGAGCAGCUCUUCUUGCCGUUAGCCAACCUGAGACAACAAAGCUUCCAGCCGUUCAGGAACACAAUAACAUCAAGCAUUGAAACUCAGCUUUAAAGCUCACUGUUGCAUUGGGAAACUUCCCAAGCAAAAUGACAAAUAUACCUCUUCAAAACUCAAUGUCUUGGUUUACAUCAGUGGAUGGAUUACAUGUGGUUUCUAAAAAAAUAAAAUGCAAUUUAGAUUGGCACAAGGAAUUGAAAUGUUUUGAAGACACAACACAAGACACACUAUUUAAAGAUGGUAUUUUUUAAUAUUGCUCUUUGGCACCAGAUGUUUUUUAAAUGUCGUCAUAUUCAGUUAUGUAAAAAAAGAUGUGUGGAUAUGUGUCAGGCAUGGCCUGGAAUAAGAAAUGUAUGGACGUUUAUGAAC